UAUGCUAGUUUUUGCCAUGGUUUUUGCUAGUCUUCGUCCUAAUCUGUGCUUCGAUAAUAAGUUACUAUGCGUGUAACAGCUAUAGACGGUAAAAGGGUAACAGCCUGCAUGAAAAAUAACCGGAUGCUCAAAUUCCGUGGCUUUAGUAGCCUAAUCAGAUUCUCAGAGGAAUUAUCAAUACAUGAUAAUUUAAUAAAGGCUUGUUUUUUCUUGGAUCUGGGACGUUGUGGAAGGUUGACGGAACACAGUAAUGCACUUUACACUGUAUGUAGGUUGCCCGGUCAGAGCAUUUGGUCAAAUUUGUGGUAACCUUCGUCGGAAAGUGUGCAGCCAACGAGCUCAGUUCCGAUGGAGAAGCACCAGCUAUCCCGCUCCCCUGUUAACAGCCAGGCCCACACGUGCCCUGAUAGAUGAGCCCAUCAGCAUUGAGGCACACCAUCUGCCCUCCCACCGGCCCAUCACAGUACGGGCACACAUGACCAGUGAGGAUGGAGAUCUCUGGGAAGCACUGUCUCACUACCACACAGAUGCACAGGGUGCAAUCAACUUGAUGCGGGAUGCAUCGGUGGGUGGUUCCUAUGUGGGCUGUGAACCAAUGGGACUCUUCUGGGCUCUACAACCUGCUCUCGGAGGUAGAAAGGGACUCCGGCUGCGUAAGAGAGACGUUGAGACUCCAUAUUCAGUGAAUCUGUCUCUACUAGACGGGCAUGUGAACCCGGAGGAUAACAGAGGGAAAGGAUCCGGAGAGGGACAGGAGCUGGCGGCAGUGGUGGUGGAUAGGUACUACAUGGCACCAGGAGUUCGCCGGAUUGAGGUUCGGCAGAAUGGUGUGGUGGGCACCAUGUUUCUCCCACCAGGACCAGGCCCAUUCCCUGCUGUACUGGACCUCUGGGGGAUGGGAGGGGGUCUGGUAGAGUACCGCUCUGCCCUGUUUGCAUCUCAUGGCCUGGUUAGUUUCGCCUUGGCUUACUUUGGCCACAAAGACAUCCCCGGACCCCCGAACCGUAUCAAUGUGGGAGAUUCUUACUUCCGGGCUGCCUUCCAGCUCCUGCAGGACCACCCACAGGUGUGUGAGGACAGGAUUGCAUUAAUGGGCCUCUCAUUUGGGGUGUUUCUGUCCCUGCGUAUAGCCUCUCAGCUCUCUGUCCAUCCUAGAUGUGUAGUCGGCAUUAAUGGUCCUUUGGGCAGUUUCAACAAAUUUGCAAGUGAAGAUGGACUUAAAGAAAGCUUCGAAGAAAAUCAGAAGCACUGGAGUUAUGAUGAAGAGGGUUACGUUAGUUUCAAAGAAGUGUCUUCGCCAAGAAUCGUUCCUUCAGAAAAUUAUGUGCAGGUUGAGAACAUGUGCUGCCCCCUGCUGUUCAUAGUGGGAGAGGACGACAUGAGCUGUACUGCUCAGGAGAAUGCAGAUGAGAUUAAGAAGAGACUGCAAGCUGCAGGUAAAUCUCAUCUGUUCAACCGUCUGUCCUACCCAGGUGCUGGCCACCUGAUUGAACCCCCUUAUGCCCCCAACGCACGCGUGUCUCUGUGGACAACACGACCCAAAAAAGUGAUGACGAUAUGGGGUGGAAACCUUGCGCAACAUGCUGCAGCUCAGGAGGAUUCAUGGCAAAGGAUUCAGAAAUUUCUGGAAUGCCAUCUGCGAGGAGAAAGAGUCAUGACAAGCUGAUAUCACUUGGGCAAUAAGUUUUAGGAACCCCUUCAGGUCCAUCUCCAUGUCACCAUUCUGGUCAAGGCCAGAAAAAAGUUGGUCAAGUGCCGCGUCAUCUUCAACUUUCUGUGAUAAAGACAAAAAACGUUAUAUUAUCGGAUUAUGUCUGAUAUGAACACACUGUAAAUGUUUUUCUAGAAUUUCUAAUAAUCAAUGCCAAAAAUAUUGCUACAAACAGUCAUGAGCUGCAGGCCAACCAGCCCAGCAGGAACAGGGCAUAGUUGCCAUGGAAAUGUUAUGCUAUUGUGUCAAAGCAAAGGCAUUGGGCACUCACAGCAAAGAUUCUCUUGGCCAAAGAUUGGUUGUAGGUUCUAACGGUUUUGAAAAAAAAAAAGUUUUGAAAAAAAAAAAUAUUUUAUAUCUUUUGUGAGGCUUUGUCUGAAUAUCAUCAAAGCUAAAUUUUACGUUACCGUGCCAACUAAAUAGACAUCACCAUUUGUCAUCUGGCAAGUCCUAUUACCUAACAGACAAUCAGUUGUGAGAAACACAUCAACACAUUUAAGGAUUUUGCUUAUUGCAGCGCCCCCCAGUGGUAAGAUGACCAAGUUUGGGAUCAGCACAUCAAAGCUGGGAUAUGCCCUCACUCCUUUUUUGGAGGUGUUAACUUUUGUAUAUACUAGAACACAAUUGGUACCUUUAUAGAUUCACUGCUUGGCCUCCAAUUAUGGACUAAUUUUUGCAACUCUGAUUGUGAAGCAGCUGAACUGUCAAUUGUGCAUCCUCAAUAGCUAAUCCUCUCUAUUGCUGUAAUCUACAAGGAACAAGGAAAAAUGUAAGGAAAAAGGAAAAACUCUUUUGCCUUAAGAAAACCCAGCAGGGUCGAAAUGUUGCCUUUUGUACAUUAAAUAUAUGGGAGUCUAAAGCAGUGUU